CGAUCAUCGGGCAGCCCAUCUUAAAAAACAACGCGAUUCUCUCCCGUCUGACACUUCCUGCCAUCUUAUUUAUUCAUUCAGUUUCAUUCUUUAACUCACCGUUCUUCACUCACGGUCGGUUUAUACCCACCUUAUCUAUCUUCCUUACUUCAGACAAUCCACGGAAUUUAGCCGAUACAUCCAGACAAAUUCAUACAUAGAACGAACAACUUCCACAUCAGCAAAUCAACACCGUCAUCAUGGGUAAAGGCGGCCGAGUUUUAUGUAUUAUCACACCUUAUGCACUCACCAUCGCUUCGUUGGUAUGCAUCAUCAUCGUCGGGUUGGGCUGCACAAAUUCUGGCUCAAGCACAUUAAAUGACCUCUACUUCUUCCGGGCCAAUCUCCAAAAUAUGACAACAACCGCAUCGAGCAAAAACACAGUAUCCCAGGCUCUCUCCGAUGCCGGUGUGACCGUUUCAGAUGGAGAUAUCUCCGCGGCCUUGGAACAAGUUCAGAAGCAGUUUGACCUUAAGGACUUCUACAACAUUGGUCUGUGGGGCUACUGUGAUGGAAACAUCACCAACGACAACUUCGAAGUUUCGGAGUGCUCGAAGCCUAAGGGAGAGUUCUGGUUUAACCCCAUUGAGGUCUGGAAUUUGCAGGAGACUGGCGUUGAGAAUGGCCUCCCCAGUGGUCUGCGCAAGUCUUUGAACCUCUACAAGAACGUCUCCAAGUGGAUGUUCAUCGCCUAUAUUGUCGCCUUCGUCGCCACCGUGGUCGAAUUGGUCGUCGGUGUCUUCGCGAUUUGCAGUCGCUGGGGUAGCUGCGUCACCACGCUUAUCUCUGGAGUUGCUUUCCUCUUCACUGCCGCAUCCUCCGUGACUGCUACGGCCAUGUUCGCCACCGUCACCGGUGCUUUCAACGAGAACCUGAAGGACUAUGGUAUGCAUGGUAGCAUGGGCAAGAACAUCUAUGUCACCACCUGGUUAGCUACCGCCUUCUCCUUGGGAGCUGCUCUGUUCUGGAUGCUUAGCACCUGCUGCUGCUCCGGUCGCUCCCCCUACAACCACAAGAACACUCCCCGCGGUGUCACGGCUGAGAAGACCCCUUACACCUAUGAGCCUAUCGGCCCUCAGGCCCACCAGCAGGCCUCUCCCUACAACACCUCCUACCCGCCACCCCCUCCUACUCAGAACCGGUCAAAUGCCUAUGAGCCCUUCCGCCACGUCUAAGCGACACCAUACAUGAGCAAACCAUAUUUCCAAACAAGUCAAUAAAAGAAAUCAAAGAGAGAGAAAAAAAAAAACAUGGUCAUACGACUCGACCAAUGACAAUCUGAUGAUCCCAUUUGAGCUUUAUUGAAGCAUCUCAGCGAGGAUCCUCAUUUAUGAACAUAAUGCCAAGUUACAGCAUGAGCCGUUUGGGAUUUGUAUUGUACUUCUGUGUUUUAUUAUUAUUCGACUGGGUGGAUAAAUAAUUCUCGCCUGUUUUCUUCGUUUUGUUCUGGAAUUUCACCGUGGAUAUAGAUUGAUGUCUAUGACAUAGAUACCCUCCCUCAAUUUACUUUCUACUUUACAUUAACAUUACUGCUUGCUGAGAAUUAGCAUUCUGGAC